CCGCGCGUAAAUUUGAAAACGACUUUGUGAAGAAGGGAGAGACGAGGAUCCGAGGGGGAAAAAAACAUAAUCAGACAUGGCUCCCAGGAAAAGGACCACCAAACAACGGAAAAACAACCCUAAGUCGGCCAAGCUAGAAGCUUUCCUGGAGGAUUUCGACAGCGAGGUGAAAACCAGGGUUGGGCAACUGAAAGAGAAGAUCAAUCAGCUGCUGAAAGAUGUUGACAACAGCUACAACAUGGCACUAAUUAAGCUUCCCAAGGCUGUCAGGCUGAUGCCCUGGUUGGAGCAUUGCAAGUCUGAGAAACCAAAGUCACCAGCAGUGGAUGAUGCGAAGAGAGAAGAGGAAGCUGCUAUUGUUGAGAGCGUUGUGGCUGAGGAUCACACAGUCCUUCUGAAAUCAGUCAAGAAAACGUCAAAGAAAAAGGGUGGAGCCAAAUCCAGUUCAGAUGAUGAAAACACCCCGAGCACAACAAGAAAGGGGAAAACUACAAGAAAGCCCCCAACUACAUCAAAAAGGGCAAAGGCGCUGUCAGUCAGUAAGCAGAGCACCUCCAUCAGACGAUCGUCCAGGAAGCCUUUGGUGACGCCUGCCAGGAGCAUGCUGGAUUCUUCUUUGAUGAUGGGACCCACUCCCCUCAUCACCCCACGCUUUGACCCCAGGCUUCCAAAGACCCCUGCUGUGAGAGUUCCCCGCCACAAAGAGAGGGUCUAUAGCAUUUCAGUCAACGGCUCUCCCAUUGCAGCAGGAAAUGAGGACAUCGUCAUCAACGUCCCCAUCGGCAACGGAGAGAGCAUUCAGCUGUUGGCCAGUCAGAUGGACUCCGUGGACCUGUCACUACUGGAUGACACUGCCCUGAAGAGCAUUCGGUUGCUGAAGAAUCGCCUAACAACACUGUGUGGAAAAUCAGAGUGACCUAACCGUCUACUGCUCUGAGAAGAAAGGACAUCGUGUUUACCAAAUUAUAAGACAAAUUAUUUUUUUUCUAGAAAUUAGUUUAGGAAAAGUGGGGUUCAUCUUAUAUACUUAUAUUUAACAUCAGAUAUUCUUUUUGAAUGGAGCGAGUACAAGUGUAACUACUGGCUUUUACAGAAUGUCACAGGAUGGGUUGUCUGUAGACUUAAUGUUGCUUUUUUUUUCUGUUUUUAUAGUGUCCUUCAAAGUUGAUCAGCAUUUUGUUGGCCCAGUUUAACCUGCAGGAAUUUCUGAAAUCUGGUGCAACUACUGGUGAUUUUCUGUCGCUCCCCCCGCACCCCCUUCACAAUAGCACCUGUAACCCCUCCUGAAAACAAGGGAAAUCCCUGUUAGGAUAAAUCCCUCAGGUUUUUUCAAACUGAAACAUUUCUUCUUCUACCAUGCAAAUACGAUUUACUGUACAUUCUUUGGUUCUUUUGUAAAUACACUCUAAUCCUACUUUUUUUAAAUGUUGCAUUUUGUUACCGUUGAACUCAAUGACCCUCCAUGUUUCUAUAAAUCUGCUUGCAUUUGCAUUAUUAGUGCAAAUACAUGCUUCUUGUACAUACUUUUAUCUUCAUGUCUGCAAAACUGAUAAAGGAUUUUGACUGCACCUCUAA